CAGCCCGGGAAACAUAAGCCCUCACUUAUUCCGUCCGAUCGAUUGUAUCGAUCGUUAAUCGAUUAGAGAGUAAUGUGAUUUUGCUGUGAUCUCGGCUUUAGGAUUUUUUAAGAUGGCUGCUAUGCAAAUAUUUACGGUGUUGCUUAUCAUAAGCAGUCUUGCAGCUUCAAAGAAAGUUGAAAGUAAGGUGUCUGAAUUGUUGGAAUCAAAUGGAAUUAAAGACAAUGCUACCCCAGAAAAGGGCGUGAAACGGGGCAUCUACGGCACUGGUGUCCUGGGCUCCAUCGGCUCUUAUGGAGGUUCGCCAUAUGGUGGCAUAUCUGGCCCUGGUUUUGGUAUUGGACCAGGACUUUCCAUUGGCUCUGGAAUUAGCGGCGUGGCUGUAGGACCCUCUUUAGGAGUCGGACCAGGAGUGGCGGUUGGACCAGGAGUGGGUAUUGGACCAGGAAUUGGGAUUGGACAAGGAGUGGGGGUUGGCCCUGGAGUAGCAGUUGGUCCCGCAGUAGCAGUCGGGCCAGCCGUAGCUUCCGCUCCUGUGGCAGUAGCAGCAGCACCAGCAGUACAAACAUCAGUGUCCGUGGAGCCAAACCCUGUGGUGCUUCGGCAAGAAGUCCCGAGGUACAUCACUCGCACCAUCACCAGAGACGUCCAAGUGCCAGUUCAAGUACCGGUGCCAUACCCUGUGGAACGACAAGUACCUGUACCAGUCCGGGUUAACGUUCCCGUGCCUGUCGAUCGACCCGUACCGGUCAUCCACAGAGUCCCCGUCGAGGUGACGAGACAAGUUCCCGUGUAUUACGAAAAGAAAGUGCCAUAUCCCGUGAAGGUUUCAGUGCCGGUGCCCUACCCUGUGACCGUAGAGAAGCACGUUCCGAUCGAUCGUCCUGUAUACGUAGACCGUCCCGUGCCCGUACCGCAGCCUGUAUACGUAGACCGCCCUGUGAACGUGCCGGUACCUGUUCAGGUGGACAGGCCAGUGCCAGUUCCACAGCCUGUGGUGGUAGACAGACCAGUUCCCGUCCCUCAACCUGUGGUGGUCGAGAGGAGAGUUCCAGUCCCAGUACAAACCGUCCCAGCAGUGUCUUCAGUAGCCGUUCCAGUUUCGGGCGUUGCAGUGUCAAGUGGUAUUGGCGUGUCAAGUGGUAUAGGCUUAGCGAGUGGUCUUGGCGUGUCGAGUGGAAUUCCAGUUGGAGGCUUAUCAAGUGGAAUUUCAUUAGGAGGUUUGUCGAGCGGUUAUGGAUACGGUGGCAUUUCAAGCGGAAUUUCCAAAACAAUUGUAUCCAAUUCGAUCUCUGGCUACCCGGGUUAUCACAAACGUUAAAGAUGUAUUAAUUUAUUUGUAUUAAUAUAUAUUUUAUUAUGUCUCCCAGACAGCAAUUGAAACAAGUGAUAUAUUGUAAAACUUUAUUUAAAAUUGUUAUUAACUAAGUUAUAAAUUGUACUUUCAUCACAUUUUUUCUAUUUCUACUUUUUGGUAUUUUACAUUAAAAAUGUUUUUUGAUAUACCUACCUA